CAUCAUCCAUAUUCCCCACGAGUCCUUGCAUAGGAGAGAUUGGUGUAUACAUGAUGACAACCUGACGAAAAUUAUCUCCACCUCACCUGAAAAGAAUUCCCAUCUCAGGAUUACAAUUGGCCUUUUCAUUUGUCUUUGGUCUUGCUAGGUGGGCAAUUCUGGAAAGAAAACAUAUCUUAAGAUUGAACAGAAAAACUAUUAUGAAAAACACCAAGCUCACAUUUGUUAAAUGACUUUGUGCUCUUGAAAAAAAAUGUAUAAAAAGCACAUUGCCAACUGCUCUGCGUGAUAUCCUUUGUUUGGAUUUUAGACGCAGCUUGACUGACACAGAAAUCCUGAAUAAGAGACUCUUUGGAUACUGAAAAGUCUCUUAAAGAAGGUGAUACACAAAUUUCAGAGAACAAUUUCAACAUUGUUCUGUCGAACGUUAUACUCAGUCCUGAACCACAUUACUUUCCUGUCUACGUUUCAUUUCCUGGGGGCUUGCCAAGUGAUAAACAGACCCAGGCGUGUGUGGUAGAUUUCGGGUUUUUUAGCACGAAGUGGGUGGCUGGAGUUUGCUUGAAAACAUCAAUUGACUUUGUGAUCAUUACGGAAAUGCUGGUGUAAGGUGUUCAGAAGACAAUGGAGAAAAAAUGGAAAUACUGUGCUGUCUAUUACAUCAUCCAGAUACAUUUUGUCAAGGGAGUUUGGGAAAAAACAGUCAACACAGAAGAAAAUGUUUAUGCUACACUUGGCUCUGAUGUCAACCUGACCUGCCAAACACAGACAGUAGGCUUCUUCGUGCAGAUGCAAUGGUCCAAGGUCACCAAUAAGAUAGACCUGAUUGCUGUCUAUCAUCCCCAAUACGGCUUCUACUGUGCCUAUGGGAGACCCUGUGAGUCACUUGUGACUUUCACAGAAACUCCUGAGAAUGGGUCAAAAUGGACUCUGCACUUAAGGAAUAUGUCUUCUUCAGUCAGUGGAAGGUACCAGUGUAUGCUUGUUCUGUAUCCAGAGGGCAUUCAGACUAAAAUCUACAACCUUCUCAUUCAGACACACGUUACACCAGAUGAAUGGAAAAGCAACCAUAUGAUAGAAAUAGAGAUAAAUCAGACUCUGGAAAUACCAUGCUUUCAAAAUAGCUCCUCAGAAAUUUCAUCUGAGUUCACCUAUGCAUGGUCGGUGGAAAGCAGCGGCACAGAUUCUUGGGUCCUUCUUUCUAAGGGUAUAAAGGAGGAUAAUGGAACUCAGGAAACACUUAUCUCCCAAAAUCACCUCAUCAGCAAUUCCACAUUACUUAAAGAUAGAAUCAAGCUUGGUACAGACUACAGACUCCACCUCUCUCCAGUCCAAAUCUUCGAUGAUGGGCGGAAGUUCUCUUGCCACAUUAGAGUCGGUCCUAACAAAAUCUUGAGGAGCUCCACCACAGUCAAGGUUUUUGCUAAACCAGAAAUCCCUGUGAUUGUGGAAAAUAACUCCACAGAUGUCUUGGUAGAGAGAAGAUUUACCUGCUUACUAAAGAAUGUAUUUCCCAAAGCAAAUAUCACAUGGUUUAUAGAUGGAAGUUUUCUUCAUGAUGAAAAAGAAGGAAUAUGUAUUACUAAUGAAGAGAGAAAAGGCAAAGAUGGAUUUUUGGAACUGAAGUCUGUUUUAACAAGGGUACAUAGUAAUAAACCAGCCCAAUCAGACAACUUGACCAUUUGGUGUAUGGCUCUGUCUCCAGUCCCAGGAAAUAAAGUGUGGAACAUUUCAUCAGAAAAGAUCACUUUUCUCUUAGGUUCUGAAAUUUCCUCAACAGACCCUCCACUGAGUGUUACAGAAUCUACCCUUGACACCCAACCUUCUCCAGCCAGCAGUGUAUCUCCUGCAAGAUAUCCAGCUACAUCUUCAGUGACCCGUGUAGAUGUGAGUGCCUUGAGGCCAAACACCACUCCUCAAUCCAGCAAUUCCAGUAUGACUACCCGAGGCUUCAACUAUCCCUGGACCUCCAGUGGGACAGAUGCCAAAAAAUCAGUUUUACGGAUACCUAGUGAAACAUACAGUUCAUCCCCCUCAGGUGCAGGCUCAACACUUCAUGACAAUGUCUUUACCAGCACAGCCAGAGCAUUUUCAGAAGUCCCCACAACUGCCAAUGGAUCUACGAAAACUAAUCACGUCCAUAUCACUGGUAUUGUGGUCAAUAAGCCCAAAGAUGGAGUGUCCUGGCCAGUGAUUGUAGCAGCUUUACUCUUUUGCUGCAUGAUAUUAUUUGGUCUUGGAGUGAGAAAAUGGUGUCAGUACCAAAAAGAAAUAAUGGAAAGACCUCCACCUUUCAAGCCACCACCACCUCCCAUCAAGUACACUUGCAUUCAAGAGCCCAGUGAAAGUGAUCUGCCUUAUCAUGAGAUGGAGACCCUCUAGUCUCGUGAGACUUUGCCCCAUGGCAGAACUCUGCUGGAAUCCUAUUGAGAAGGUAGACAUUGUGCUUUAUUAAUAUAGUCGCUCUUCAGCCAUGCCUUUGCUGCAGCUGAAAUGGAAGUCAGAAGUGAGUGACCUGUUUUCCCAGCAACUCACCCUCUUUCAUCUCCAAACGCCUGAAGCUAAACCAAGAGUGAGAGGAUAUGUCAUGUUCACACUCAAUGCAAUUCGUAGUGGUUUUCUUGCUUAUGUAAGAAGUACAUAUUAGUCUGCCAUCAUUAAAAAAAAAUACAGUAUUUUCAUUUAAAUUCUCUGAUGGAGGGACAACAAUGGUUUCAACUGUAUGCCCAUGCCUGAUCCUCUUAUUUGAACAUCUAUCAACAUUGUAAACUCUUUGCCAAAAUCCUGGGGCUUUGCUGCAUUCCCUAAGAUAAUUAUAGGAAAAAGAAAAUGUAAAAGUGCUAACAAGGCUGCCAAGUAAUGGAGAAGUAUGGUUAGUCUUCAUAUUGAAAUUCUGUUGUUUAUUUUCAUGGAAGGAAACAGAAUACUUUGCACAGGAACCACAUUUUCAAUCCUCCUUCACUGUCUUCCUACCAUGUUCAGCCCAGACUCCUGCCACGUGGACCAGGAUGAAGAGGGAUCAAAGAGAUAACUAGCCAACAACACAGUAGCCUAGAAGAUACAAAACUCCACUGGCCUCUAAAAUUAUAUUAGCCAAGAGUGGUUUCAUUUGAGUGCCUUCGUGUGUAUGUCCAUCAAACUGGAACCUAAGCCCAACCCUACUCAUCUAAUUCUGGUUAUUCUCUUUUUCAUCUGGGGACUUUCCUGUUCAUUUAACCUGCCUGUUUUGAUCUGUUUUGAAAAAGAUAAAGAGCCUCAAAUCAGACCAGCACUGAUUGAUUAACCCUGCUCCUACCAAUCUUUUUUAAAGCAGUUGAAGCAGAAUGUAUAGGUGUCAGAGAAGAAACCUAGUCAGCCAGACGUGCUCUGUAUUCAGCAAUAGUUUGUGAGUGAAUAAAUUACUAAUCCUCCUUGUCGCUUGAAACCUUCCCACACUCCCUGCUCCAGGAGGGAAAAACAGAUGUUGUUGAAAGAUAGAGUGAUAGGCAAAUUCUGUGUGGACUUUAGUCCCAAAAGGAAACUUUAGUUCACUUGCAGUAUGCUUAUCCCUGACUGCACAUGAGAAUGCCUUGUGCAGAGUUAUUUGGAGAUUAUGUCUUUUUCUUAAACACCAUGGCUGUCACACUUCAGUUCAAUUAAAUCAGAAUGUCUGAGGAGUGAGACACAGGCAUCAACACUCUCAAAUGAUUCACAUGUUCAGCCAAAGUUGAGAACCAUCGAGCCUGUGGAAGUUCUUUCUCAUGGCUCAGAAUCUUAGGUAGGUGCUUAACUCUUGUGGUGGCUAGCCUCCCAAGAUGAGCCCCAGUGUUCUUGCCUCCUACUAUUCACAUCUUUAUAUGGUCCCCUCCAAUGCUGAAUACAGAUGAUUUGUGUAACCUGAGGCGAGGAUUAAGGUGAGGCAAUCAAUGUACCUAGGGAAAAAAAUUUAAGGAGGUAUUCACACUCAGGGUCAUGCACUUACACAAUGUUGAGAAUGAGUACCACUCUCACCAUUGGUAUAGCCAAAAAAGCUUGGAAGUGGCCAAGGCUAGGUCACAAAAUACACUGUGGCUUCUUGUUUGAUCUCUCUUUGACCAUACUGACACUGGGAAAAGCCCAUUCCCAUGCCAUGAAGACACCAAGGCAGCCCUAUUGAGAAAUCUACCUGUUGUGGCCGGGCGCAGUGGCUCACGCCUGUAAUCCCAGCACUUUGGGAGGCCGAGGUGGGUGGAUCACGAGGUCAGGAGAUCAAGACCAUCCUGGCUAACACAGUGAAACCCUGUCUCUACUAAAAAUACAAAAAAUUAGCCGGGCGUGGUGUCGGGCACCUGUAGUCCCAGCUACUCAGGAGGCUGAGGCAGGAGAAGGGCGGGAACCCGGGAGGCAGAGCUUGCAGGGAGCCGAGAUUGUGCCACUGCACACUCCGACCUGGGUGAAAGACCGAGACUCUGCCUCAAAAAAAGAAAGAAAGAAAGAAAGAAAGAAAGAAAGAAAGAAAGAAAGAAAGAAAGAAAGAAAUCUACCUGUCAAGGAACUGAGGUAUUUUGCUAACAAGCACCAACUUGCCAGCCAUGUAAGGGAGCCAUCUUGGAAGCAGAUCCUCCAGCCUCCAGUCAAGUCUUCAGAUAAUUGCAAUUUCAGUUGAUCUUUUGACCAAGACCUCAAGAGAGCCAGAACUACCCAGCUAAGCCUUUUACUAAAUUUCUGAACUUCUAACCCUAUUAGAUAAUAAGUGCUUAUUGUUUAACGCCAUUAAUUUUGAGUAUAAUUUGUUACAUAGCGACAGAUAACUAUACAGCUCAACAACUAUAAAAAUAAACUGUUUACCUGCCUU